AUGACUGUAACUGUACCAUUCGUUAACGGUACUUCUUACAGUACUUUAACUGCUUUUUCAAAAGAUUCUUUCCAAGAAGCUGUCAAAUUUUACAAAAAUUUAUUAGCUUUAGACCAACGUACUGCAGAUGAUACCUCUGCUUUACUAUCAAAUGGUCCAAUUAGUAUUAAAUUAACUUUGAAAGAAGAUGCAGCUUUACAUGCCGAUGCCAUGAAAGCUCGUUCUCAUCUUUUAGAUCCUUCCAUCUCUGACGAUUGGAGAGCUAAGGCUCCAACUUCUUUGGUUUUCAACACUAUGGAUAUUACAGAAGUUAUGAAUAGAUUCAGAGCUUUGAUCUUACCAAUUCAAGCUUUCCCAAAUGAUAUUAACCCAUUGUUGUUGUACACUGUAGAUCCAUUAGGUAACGUCAUUGGUGUUACAGCUACAAAGAAUGCCAUCAGUACUAAGCCAUGUGUUCCAGCUUCUUUACUUGCUGAAGAACAACAAAAAAUGAAACACGAAUUGGCUUCAAAAGCUGUAUCUUACACUGACUUGUCUUCUCAAUUCACCAAGACUACUAAUGCUUACCCAUCCUUACCAACUAAGACCAAUGCUUCCAAAGCCGACAAAGCUAUUGCUGUUAUGACCUCUGGUGGUGAUGCUCAAGGUAUGAACUCAAACGUCAGAGCUAUUGUUCGUUCUGCUAUCUUCAAAGGUUGUCGUGCUUUUGUCGUUAUGGAAGGUUACGAAGGUUUAGUUCGUGGUGGUCCAGAAUACAUCAAAGAAGUUUGCUGGGAAGAUGUCCGUGGUUGGUCCACUGAAGGUGGUACCAACAUCGGUACUGCAAGAUGUUUGGAAUUCAGACAACGUGAAGGUAGAUUGUUAGGUGCUCAACAUUUAAUCGAAGCUGGUGUCGACGCUUUGAUUGUCUGUGGUGGUGACGGUUCAUUGACUGGUGCUGAUUUAUUCAGAUCUGAAUGGCCAUCUUUAAUUGAUGAAUUAUUGAAGACUAACAGAAUUUCUCAAGAACAAUACACCAGAUAUCAACAUUUGAACAUUUGUGGUACUGUUGGUUCCAUUGACAAUGAUAUGUCUACUACUGAUGCUACCAUCGGUGCUUACUCUGCUUUGGACAGAAUCUGUACUGCUGUCGAUUACGUCGAAGCUACAGCUAACUCCCAUUCUAGAGCUUUCGUUGUCGAAGUUAUGGGUAGAAACUGUGGUUGGUUAGCUUUGUUAGCUGGUAUUGCUACUUCUGCUGAUUACAUCUUUAUCCCGGAAAACCCACCAGUUCCAGGUAAAUGGCAAGACGGCAUGUGUGAAAUUAUCUCCCAACACAGAUCUCACGGUAAGAGAACUUCUAUUAUUAUUAUUGCUGAAGGUGCCAUCGAUACUGAAUUGAACCCAAUUAAGCCAGAAGAUGUCCACAAGGUCUUGUGUGACAGAUUGAAAUUAGAUACCAGAAUCACCACUUUAGGUCAUGUCCAAAGAGGUGGUACUGCUGUUGCCUACGAUCGUAUUUUGGCUACUUUGCAAGGUGUUGAAGCCGUUAAUGCUGUUUUGGAAUCCACCGCUGAUACACCAUCUCCUUUAAUUGCUAUUAACGAGAACAAGAUCACCCGUAAACCAUUGAUCGACUCUGUUGCUCUAACUAAGUCAGUUGCCGAUGCCAUUCAAGCUAAGGACUUCGAAAAGGCUAUGUCAUUAAGAGACACUGAAUUUAUUGAACAUUUCGAUAACUAUAUGGCCAUCAACAAUGCUGAUAAUGGUAUUCCAAAAUUACCAGCUGACAAGAGAUUAAAGAUUGCUAUCGUUAACGUUGGUGCUCCAGCUGGUGGUAUUAACUCUGCCGUCUAUUCCAUGGCUACUUACUGUAUGUCUCAAGGUCACAAACCUUAUGCUAUAUACAAUGGUUUCUCCGGUUUAGUUAGACAUGAAUCUGUUCGUUCUCUAGAAUGGAAAGAUAUUAUCGGUUGGCAAUCUCGUGGUGGUUCUGAAAUUGGUACCAACAGAGUCACCCCAGAAGAAGCUGAUAUCGGUAUGGUUGCUUACUACUUCCAAAAAUACCAAUUCGAUGGUUUGAUUAUUGUCGGUGGUUUCGAAGCUUUCGUUUCCUUGAACCAAUUGGAAAGAGGUAGAGACUGUUACUCUGCUUUCAGAAUCCCAAUGGUUUUAAUCCCAGCUACUUUGUCUAAUAACGUUCCAGGUACUGAAUAUUCUUUGGGUUCUGAUACUGCAUUAAAUGCCUUAAUGCAAUACUGUGAUGUUGUUAAGCAAUCCGCUGCCUCCACCAGAGGUAGAGUAUUCGUUGUUGACGUCCAAGGUGGCAAUUCAGGUUACUUAGCCACAACUGCUGCUUUGGCUGUUGGUGCUCAAGCCUCUUAUGUUCCAGAAGAAGGUAUCUCUUUACCACAAUUAUCUCAAGAUAUCAAGAUGUUAGGUGAAUCCUUCAAGGAAGCCAAGGGUAGAGGUAGAUUCGGUAAGAUUAUCUUGAAGAGUACCAAUGCUUCAAAGGCAUUGAGUGCUAAACAAUUAGCAGAUGUUAUCUCUGCUGAAGCUGACGGUGCUUUCGACGCUAAAGUUGCCAUUCCAGGUCAUGUCCAACAAGGUGGUUUGCCAUCUCCUAUCGAUAGAACAAGGGCUACCAGAUUGGCCGUUAGAGCCGUUAGUUUCAUUGAAUCUCGUCAAGAUGUCAUGAAGGCUUCUCGUGCUGCCGAUGAAGAAUUUGAUGUCGAUGACAAAGAUGUUUUCGAAACUGCUGCUGUCUUGGGUGUUAAAGGCUCUCACGUUGUCUUCACUCCAAUUAGACAAGUUUACGAUAAUGAAACUGAUACAGACAAGAGAAUGCCAAAGAUCAUCCACUGGCAAAAGACUAGAGACAUUGCUGACCAUUUGGUCGGUAGAAAGAAGGUUAACGUAAAAUAA